CUUCUUCCGUCCACGCGCUUAAAUAAACCCGGAGGAGUCGGCAGCUUCUCACAUCUUUUUAUGAAAAAGGGUUUAGAACCAGCAGAUCCAGCUGGGAAUACAUGUGAAGAUGGGCGGCCUGUGCUGGCUGCUGUUGGUGCUGGCCUUGUUCCCGUCUCCUCCAAACAUUUUGGCUGCUGUAGACCAGAGCUGGCUCACAAGCAUCGUUGCAGGCAUCAAGAACGAGUAUGAACUAGGUGACAGCUUCAGUGUGGCUGUGAACAUCCCACGGAAUCAAGAUCCAGACAGUCUCCAACAAGUCCUUCAGAACGACCCAGCAGACCGAGUGAAAGAAGCCAUUUCACAGGCCAGCAUGUACAAAGGCACCAGGGUGGUAGCAGCAACACAGCCGCACGCGCUGACUCGUGUUCUUCAAAACAUACGGCCGCUCAUAAAAAGCAGUGAUGGUAAUGUCCUCGUCAUCUACUCUGAAGGAUCCCCAGGUUCAAAUGAUAAUGGAAUCACUUCGAGCAUUAACGAUAUCACACACAACUGGGGCGGUUAUGCGUUUGCGUUUUCUAAUGUAGCUGAUGUUCCUGCUUCAGACACAUCUCAGCUCACCCAAUCCUUUAAACGUCUUCAUAUUGCCAAACUUGGGCUUAACAACAUAUUUCGUUGUUAUGAACCUGGAGAUGAUACUUUUCAGUGUACCACAUGCUCCUCAGGUGGAGAUGUUGCCCCCUCAUGUGUUCAAAACACGGCCCUAUCAAGUCAAGAACAAGGUACACGAGCAGAAACACCUAAAUCAGGCCUUGGCACUGGUCUAGGCUAUGGUAUAGGCACUGGUAUAGGCGCUGGUAUAGGUGCUGGUAUAGGCACCCACAUAGGCAAUGACAUAGGCACUGACAUAGGCAAUGACAUAGGCACUGACAUAGGUAAUGACAUAGACACUGGCAUAGGCAGUGAGAUAACUGCAGGCUCAGAUAGGCCAAAAGAGAAAGGGGGACGAAUGAGCGAGUGCAAAGGACGUCGCAGAGGAAGCUGCAGGCGCAGGGGAGGCAGCAAGCUUAGGAGAGGAGGAGGUAAACGUAAGAAAGGCAACAAGCUUAGGAGAGGAGGAGGUAAACGUAAGAAAGGCAACAAGCUUAAGAGAGGAGGAGGUAAACGUAAGAAAGGCAACAAGCUUAGGAGAGGAGGAGGUAAACGUAAGAAAGGCAACAAGCUUAAGAGAGGAGGAGGUAAACGUAAGAAAGGCAACAAGCUUAGGAGAGGAGGAGGUAAACGUAAGAAAGGCAACAAGCUUAAGAGAGGAGGAGGUAAACGUAAGAAAGGCAACAAGCUUAGGAGAGGAGGAGGUAAACGUAAGAAAGGCAACAAGCUUAGGAGAGGAGGAGGUAAACGUAAGAAAGGCAACAAGCUUAGGAGAGGAGGUAAACGUAAGUUUAGAGGAGGACGUAAACGGAGUAAGACUCGUAGAGGAAGCAGGGGUAAAAGACGCAACAAGCGUAGAAGACACGCAGGGAGACGCAGGUGGAAGAAAAGGUGGGGAAUGGCGUGAUUCAGGUAGAACAGUUGUCUGUCACAACCGGAGAAUCAGACCAGCAACCCAAUGAAGAUUACAAACAAAAGGUCCUCUGUGAAGUUAAAAUGCCUUUAAUGCUUUUCCUUUUCAUAGAUUUGAUGAGGCCCUGCUCUGGGUUUCUUUUAUUUUAAUGCUAGCAUAAUUCUAUAAUUGUGGCAUUUAAAGAAUGUAUGUGUGUUUGU